AUGGACCUGAUGAAUUUAGGACCAUUAAUACCGGGUUCCAGAAUGAACCCUCUGAGUCCACAGGACCCCCUGACUCAACUGAAUACCUUCAAAUCUUACGUAGCCAUUAUUGCUGACUCCACAAAUAACAUUGCAGAAAAAAAGUCAAAAGCUGUGCAAGAAUUGUGUGAAAAUUUUGAGCUGAUAGUGUCCAACCCACACUACCCUCAAUUCAUUGGGGAGGCCCUCAAAGUUUUCAUUAAAGUUCUCAAUGAAAGUGAAACCGUCUUUAUAUCCGAGUACACCAAUCAGCAACUGAGAAAAUCGUUGUUGGAGCUGUUACAGAGGGUGCCAGCCAAUGAUCAUCUGAAGCCUUACGUUCAGCCUGUGUUAUCUCUCAUGUAUAAACUUCUUGAGAUUGAUUGUGAAGAGAAUGCAUUGGUUUGUUUGAGGGUCAUCAUCGAACUCAACAAAAGCUUCAAACCUCCAUACUCUAGUGACAUAACCAACUUUUUGAAGUUCGUCAAGGACAUAUACACUGCCCUGCCACGCCACCUGGAUAAGCUCUUUGAACACAGAUCACAAAUGAAGGUGAACAACAUCACCGACUUGGACAUCAGCGCGGCCUGCGAGGACCUGCUGUGCACCAUCACCGUUGUCACUGAGAAGAAAAAUGCCGAAAACCAAAACAUUAAUUACAACCUGAUGCCCAGGGCGACAGCUUCCCUCAAAGUACUCGCCGAACUGCCAAUCAUUGUCGUACUCAUGUACCAGUUGUACAAGCAGCAAGUACACAACGAAGUUGCAGAGUUCAUCCCGCUCAUCAUGAACACCAUCAAUAUGCAUCCCUCUCCCGAGCAGAGGGCAUCCCCACAGUUUAACAGGGAGAUAUUUGUUGAUUUCAUAGCUGCCCAGAUCAAGACACUGUCAUUUCUGGCUUACAUCAUAAGGAUUUAUCAGGAUGCCAUAACGGCUCACAGUGCAAAGAUGGUCCAGGGCAUGCUUGACCUCUUGACCUUGUGCCCUCCAGAAGUUGCCCACCUCCGUAAGGAGCUACUCAUCGCUUCCAGGCACAUCCUAGCCACAGAUUUGAGGACGAAGUUUGUGCCUCACAUAGAGAAGCUGUUUGACGAGGAUGUUUUGUUUGGCUCCGGUUGGACGACCCACGAAUCACUAAGGUUCACGUGCAUACCUCUGGCUUUCAGCACCCUUGCCGACCUGGUGCACCACAUUCGACAGAACCUAACCAUGUCGGAUCUUCAGAAGGCUGUGAACCUCUUCUCGAAGAAUGUGCACGACGACACCCUACCUUGCAGCAUACAGAACAUGUCUUGCAAGCUGUUGCUCAACCUCGUCGAAUGUAUCAGGUCUAAGAGUGAGACUGAGAACUCUACAAGCAAUGUUGCUGGGCGUCCCAUCAGGGGUCGUGAGAUAUUUUUGAGGAUGUUGGAAGUUUUUGUGCUAAACCGUCAGUCUGAAGCAGCGGCAACAGCCUCUUUAUCAACUUCCUCGCCUCUACCAAACCUAUCAUCUUCCUUCUCUUCAUCCUCCUCUGCAUCCAAAUUGAAGACACCGCAACACCAACAGCAGCAACAGCAGCAACAGCAGCAAAGCAACAACGCCAACACCUGCACGACCCCAGAGUCACCGCUCCUAUCGACUCCCCAACAGUCUUCAUCCUCGCUCUCCUCAGCUGCUCUCAGCUUAUCAUCAACUAAGAAGCAGCUGUUUGUUGAUAGCACCGACAGCAUGAAAGCUCUACUCAGCUCUACUACAACUGCCACAAGCGCCUCUUCAUCAGCUGCAGGGCCAGCAGCUGCUAGCAGUAGUGGUGGUGGUGGGGGUGGUAGUGUUGGCUAUGCAGGUUCCAACCUAGGGCUAGGACUGGAUGGUGGAAUCGGUGGUAAAGAUGAUGGAAAGGGGUUGGUCAAGACCCUGGUUUCCGGGGUUAAGACCAUCACAUGGGGACUGACUUCAUGUAAAGCAGUCAUGGAUCCGGUGAUGUUCCAGAACAAGCAGUUCCUUCCGCGGGAGAUCCACGUGUACAUUCGCCUGGUGAAGUUUGCCCUCAGUGCCCUCGACAUCUACACCAUCAAUACCACCAGCCAGGGGCUCAUACAAAUCAGAUCACCAUCUGUGCAGACGGUUCGAACGAAGGAGGAGAAGGAAGUUCUAGAACAUUUUGCUGGAGUGUUUAUGGUGAAUAGAAUACACGCCAACUAUGCCCUUCAGAUUAUCGCCAACACCUUCCUAGCCAGCCCAACGACCUCAGCCACUUUUGCCACGAUCCUCGUCGAGUAUCUCCUGCUACAUAUGGACGAGAUGGGAUCAAGCGUCGAACAGUCAAGUUUGUACCUGAAACUCUUCAAACUGGUUUUUGGGUCAGUCAGCCUCCUGGCAAAUGAAAACGAACAGAUGCUUAAGCCACACUUGCACACGAUCGUCAAUCGUUCGAUGGAACUGGCGCGCACAGCCAAGGAACCCUUCAACUACUUCCUCUUGCUGCGUGCACUCUUCAGGUCCAUCGGAGGAGGCAGCCAUGAUCUUCUCUAUCAAGAAUUUCUUCCUCUACUACCUAAUCUUCUGCAAGCUUCAAAUACUCUUUUAAAAAUUGACAGCUGGUUGUUUGAGAGUUCGCAAACUGUUUCAGAAGUAAGGAAGGAAGGAAGGAGUGUUGCCAGCAAAAGAGAUUUGUUGACAGAUUGGAGUGAUAGAGGAGUUGCUGGGGUUGUGUCGAAGAUGGUGACCAGUAUGUUGUCGAGGGUGUAG